AUGGCCAUGCCGAAAUCACCGAACCAGAAGAGCCCGCAGCUGAGCAGGACCAUCGCAACACCAAAUGUCGCACAAUUCUUGAACUUGGACAUAAAGCAUAUCAAGAUGCCGACCAAGGUUUUCAAUCCAGUCAAGCCAAUCCACACAAAUGGCAGUACCGAAAAGGCUUCCGACAUCGCCAUCGCCUUCUUCGACUGUGGAGUGGUGUCAGUCUACCUUGCACGCAGAUGA